AUGACACAAAAGAAGACACGUAAUCAUACAACUACAGCAUGUACAAAUUGCAGGAAAGACCAUGUAAAAUGCACAAUACUUUCUGGUGAAGAUAAAUGCAUACAAUGUAAUAAACGAAAUCUGCCCUGUAAUUUUAUUACGGGAAAAAAACGCGGUCCAAAGCCUAGGUCAGCUCAACCCUCUGAUCAGGACACCACAUCAUCCUCUAAUUCGUUUUCUGCUAGCGAUUCAAACGAUUCUUUCACACAUUCUUAUAGUCAUACUACAACUACUAAUAUUAAUAUUCAUGAGACUACUGAAAAUGCUCAAAUUUCAUUAAAUUUUCAUGAGCAAAUAACACAAAAUAAUGAACAAAAUAUUACAUAUUCCUUUUCAAAUAGUGAUUUAAACGAUUCCUUCUCUUCCGAAAUUCCACAUCUUUAUAUUUACAAUUACGAUAGUUCUACUGAAGCAUCCCAAAACCACACAUACGCACGUACGUACUUAGCUCAACUGACAAUCAUUUCCGAUAGUUAG